AUGGGGGAAGGAGAAACGAAGGAUGUGCAGGCACCGACCUCCUCCGAGGAGGCUCCCGAGGCUACCAAGGACGUUUCCGUGAUUCCAUCCCCCGCCGAAGAGAAGCCUGACGACUCCAAAGCCCCCGCCGCCGUGGAGAGUAGGUUUCUACUUCCCUCUCCUCGUGAUGGUCGUCGUCUGUUUAUGUGUGUGUGUGUCCCCCAUAAUUCAUUCUGCUGAUUUUCUUUACGGACCAUCUGGUAAUUUUAAGCCUUCUCUGUUUUUAUUUUUUUCUAGAGGUAUUCGGUGAGAUCGUUUCUGGUUUACUCGGCUUGUGCUUAUGUCUAUGCUUCAUAUAUAUUAAAUCAGGUUCAUGAACGGCUGCUUCUAUGAUUGAGCACGAAGAGCAUAUAACACCGCACGUAUGUUACAAUAUUUCGGCCCGUGUUUUUUAUGAUGACUUAUUCCGCUGUCAGUUAAUUCUUCCUUCAGACGACGCUCACAGCUUGUGAGGCGGUUUAUGUAGUCUGCUAGUUAUUACUUUUUUCGGGUUUUGAUGGCUCUACUUCCCGAGGAAGGAUGUAAUCAUCCUUCUUCUCUGUUAGUUCCAAUUUUAUGACAGAUAUUUAAGCUUUCUGCAUGCUUGUAGUGGACAUAUCACCAGUAGUUUGGCCAUGUACACCUCCACAACAUCCCGAAAGCCAAGCCCGUGGGUUUUUUGAGACGUCUGUACUUGUUGGUCGAAAGGCAGUUCUCACUCUGGAAACUCUGCGCAUACCCAGGCCAGUUUACUGAAAAAUAGUUAAAGAGAGCGCAGAAACAUCGAUAGAAAAUAAGGGUUCCUAAGUGGCAUAGUGCUGUGAUAAUCUAUGAUGUGCUGUAAAGACAGAUUUCCACCCCUGUCUAAACGAUGUUACUGGUCCCUUUGUGGUUUUUACUUAUUUAUCGAUACUUUUAGCCCUUUCCGUUUUUUGUCCCAUCAGGACUAGAGAAUUCGUCCGCUAGCCGUUCGCAUAUUUCCUUUCGUUUCCUUUUUUUUGUGGUGGGGAUGCUGAGGUAUAUUUUACUCAACCCCGGUCCGGAAGAUCCUCCCGUUGCUAAUUCGCUCUUUUCUGUGCCGAAUUAUGACGUCCACGGCAGAAGAUAUUUCGAUCUCCGCCCUAAAUCCGAUGAUUGACCUGCAUCUAGAAUGUUUGAAAUGCAUUUGGCUCUUGGUUCGCAGACAUUGGUAGAAGUGAGAAGAUUCUUGGGGGGCAGUAAUCUGAAAAUUCUUCUCAACCACGCGUUUUUCUCUCUGCUCCUUGCAUCCCAUUCAGAUUUAGUUGCUUAGCAUGUGAAAUUCCCGUUGCUUAAGAAAUGUUUCAACGAUAUAUGUAUAUAUAUAUAUCCGGGUCGAGGGAUGAGAUGAUGAUUGCAACUGACGAUGGAUCAUCACAAGACAUCUGUUUAGGGACAAAAUAUUUCCCUACUAUCUUAUACGAUCUAAAUUACACUUUUUUUUUCUCCCUCCAGCUGCUGAAGAGGAUUCAGAAUCGAAGGACAGAGGUGAGCCAUAAAGGAUAUGCUUUAGAAACACUCCUCCUUUUAAUGGGCUCGAGUUUUUAUCGACGAGGAAAUAAUCUCACGCCGCAAUUGUCCCAGACGCUGCUCUUGCACGAGUGGAAACUGAGAAGAGGCUAUCCCUGGCCAAGGCUUGGGAGGAGAACGAAAAGGCCUUGAUCGAGAACAAGUGAGACUCGAAUCUUUCUGGCAGUGACGACUUCUACUCCGUUCAUCUCUUGAGACCUUGCUACUAACUUCCAUACUGACCACUCGUGAGCGGCAUUGAGCAGAUCCCACAAGAAGCUGUCGUCUAUUGCUUCAUGGGAGAACACGGAGAAGGCGAAGCUGGAGGCCGAACUGAAGAAGCUGGAGGUGGGCCUGCGACUCACUCCUGAACCUCGUUCCUAAAAGAAUAGCCCCAUCAUCGUCGACGGGAGCCUCUUAAUUCCGCACACUCACUGUUUUUUUCUUAACGCUCGGCAGGAAUCACUAGAGAAGAAGAAGGCGGAGUACGCGGAGAAAAUAAAGAACAAGGUUGCCCUCGUCCACAAGGCCGCCGAAGAGAAGCGGGCCAACGUCGAAGCGAAGAAAGGCGAAGAACUCGUCAAGGCGGAGGAGACGGCUGCCCAGUACCGCGUCAAGGGCUUCGCUCCCAAGAAGAUCCUCAUCUGCUUUGGAAGCUAA